GUCGGCCGCGAACGCCUCGGCCGUCGUCAAUGCCGACGUCACCGCGAAGGCCCGGGUCAGACAGUCUGGAGACGUCCUCGCCAGCAACCUGACGGCCGCCACGGUGCAGGCGCACGCCGCGCUUGCUCACGCGGUGUCGGCGCUGGCGGAGCAGCAGGCGCGCAGGAGGCAGGAGGCCGACCCCGAGCCCACCGCCGGGGCCGCGAACGCGACCGCCUCCUCGGGCGAGCCCCCCGCGUCGCCCGAGGAGAGCAGAAGCUGCAGCAGGAAGAACCCAGCAUGCUCGG